AGUUUGGCUCAGGAAUUCUGGGAAGUGGAGUCCAGACGCUCUGUGGAGUAGCGGGCACUUCCGCUCCGGGACUGUAAGGUUGCUGCAGUUUUGUCCCUGGUGGUUUGGGUCAGUUCCGCGGGACCCUUCUGAAUUUCCUGGACCUACGCAUUGGAUCCUCAACCAACUGGUGAUCGAAUUAGGGGAAAAGAAGCCUCGUCGGACAGCAGAGGCAGGAUUCUGCUUUCCCUCGAGUUGCAUCACUCAGGACUCUGAAUAUUCCCUGAAAUAGGAGGAAAAAUGAACACGUUGAAGGAGGUAGUGACCUUCAAGGAUGUGGCUGUGGUCUUCACUGAGGAGGAGCUGAGGCUGCUGGACCUUGCCCAGAGGAAACUAUACCGAGAAGUGAUGCUGGAGAACUUCAGGAACCUACUCUCAGUGGGGCAUCAACCACUCCACAGAGAUACUUUCCACUUCCUAAAGGAAGAAAAGUUUUGGAUGAUGGAGACAGUAACCCAAAGAGAAGGGAAUUUAGGAGGCAAGAUCCAAACUGAGAUGGAGACUGUUCCAGAAGCAGGAACACAUGAAGGGUUGUUCAGCCAUCAAAACUGGGAACAAAUUUCAAGUGACUUAACCAGGUUUCAAGACUCCAUGGUAAACAGCUUUCAGUUCUCCAAAGAAGAUGAUAUGCCCUGCCAGGUUGAUGCAGGACUAUCUAUAAUUCACAUAAGACAGAAAUCUUCUGAGGGUAGGAAGUAUAAAAAAUCCUUUAGUGAUGUCUCCAUCCUUGAUCUUCAUCAACAAUUACAGUCAAGAGAUAAGUCUCAUACAUGUGAUGAAUGUGGAAAGAGUUUCUGUUAUAGCUCAGCUCUUCGUAUUCAUCGGAGAGUUCACAUGGGGGAGAAACUCUAUAAUUGUGAUGUGUGUGGUAAGGAAUUCAAUCAGAGCUCACAUCUGCAAAUUCAUCAGAGAAUCCACACUGGAGAGAAACCAUUCAAAUGUGAGCAGUGUGGGAAAGGCUUUAGUCGUAGAUCAGGACUUUAUGUUCAUCGUAAAUUACACACAGGAGUGAAACCUCAUGUUUGUGAAAAAUGUGGGAAGGCCUUCAUUCAUGAUUCCCAGCUUCAGGAACAUCAAAGAAUCCAUACUGGGGAGAAGCCAUUCACAUGUGAUAUAUGUUGUAAGAGCUUCCGUAGUAGAGCAAAUCUUAAUAGGCAUUCCAUGGUUCACAUGCAAGAGAAACCAUUCAGAUGUGAUACAUGUGGUAAGAGCUUUGGUCUGAAAUCAGCACUUAACAGUCAUCGCAUGGUCCACACAGGAGAGAAACGGUACAAAUGUGAGGAAUGUGGAAAAUGCUUCAUUUAUAGGCAAGAUCUUUAUAAGCAUCAGAUGGACCACACAGGGGAGAAGCCAUAUAAUUGUAAAGAAUGUGGAAAGAGCUUCAGAUGGGCCUCAGGUCUUUCAAGACAUGUGCGAGUCCACAGUGGAGAGACACCAUACAAAUGCGAAGAAUGUGGGAAGGGAUUUUAUACAAAUUCACAACGUUAUUCUCACCAGAGAGCCCACAGUGGAGAAAAGCCAUAUAGAUGUGAGGAGUGUGGGAAGGGCUACAAAAGGAGGUUGGAUCUUGACUUUCAUCAGAGGGUCCACAGAGGAGAGAAACCCUAUAAUUGUAAAGAAUGUGGGAAGAGCUUUGGCUGGGCCUCGUGUCUUUUGAAUCAUCAGAGAAUCCACAGUGGAGAAAAACCAUUUAAAUGUGAAGAAUGUGGGAAAAGAUUUACUCAGAAUUCACAACUUUAUACCCAUCGUAGAGUCCACAGUGGAGAAAAACCAUUCAAAUGUGAAGAGUGUGGGAAAAGAUUUACUCAGAAUUCACAACUUUAUUCUCAUCGCAGAGUCCACACUGGAGUAAAGCCAUACAAAUGUGAAGAGUGUGGGAAGGGCUUCAACAGUAAGUUUAAUCUUGACAUGCACCAGAGGGUCCACACCGGAGAGAGACCUUAUAACUGUAAAGAAUGUGGGAAGAGCUUUAGCCGGGCAUCAAGUAUUUUGAAUCAUAAGAGACUCCAUGGUGAUGAAAAGCCAUUCAAAUGUGAAGAAUGUGGGAAGAGAUUUACUGACAAAUCACAGCUUCAUUCCCAUCAGAGGGUUCACACUGGGGAAAAGCCAUACAAAUGUGAGAAGUGUGAAAAGGGCUUCAGAUGGGCCUCAACUCAUCGAACCCAUCAGAGAGUCCACAGUAGAGAAAAAGUACUUCAAUGUGAGGACUGUGGGAAAAGCAUUGUACACAGUUCAUGUCUUAAAGCCCAACAAAGAGACCACAGUGGAGAGAAGACAUCUAAAUGUGAGGACUGUGGGAAGCGUUACAAGAGGCGCUUGAAUCUUGAUAUGCUUUUGUCAUUAUUUUUAAAUGACACAUAAUUAUUGUACUCGUUUAUGGGGCACAUGUGAUAGUUGAUACAAGUAUACGAUGUGUAAUGAUCAAAUCGUAUAAUUAACGUUAUCUAUCACCUCAAACAUUUAUCAUUUCUUUGUGUUGGGAACCUUUAAAAUUAACUCUUCUAGCUAUUUGAAAAUAAUACGUUGUUAAUUACAGUCACCCUGUAGUGGUGUAAAACACUAGAACUUAUUCCUCCUACCUGCCUGUAUUUCUAUAUUCAUUAACCAACCUUUGGCUACCUUUGGCCCUGCCUCACCUCUAAGAACUACUAUUCUACUCUCUACUUCUAUGAAAUUAACUUUUUGAGCUUCCACAUAUGUGUGAGAACAUGUAGUAUUUAUUUUUCUGUGCCUGGUAUAUAUCACUUAGUAUAAGGCCCUGUAAGGCUCAUUAACUUUGCUGUGAGUGAUAGAAUUUUGUUGUUUUUCAUGGCUACAUAGUACUCCGAUGUGUAUAUUUGCCACAUUUUCUUUUUUUCUUUUUUUUGAGAUGGAGUCUCGCUCUGUCGCCCAGGCUGGAGUGCAGUG